AAGGAGGUGGCAGUCCCCGCGCCGCCAGCUCAGCUCCGCGAUCCACACACACACUCACACUCACACACCCGGGCAGACAAAAGAGGCCGCGCGGCGGGCGCAGGCAGAGAGGCUCGGGCUGGCAUCGGCGAUGGCCGGACGCGGAGGCCGGGCGCUGCUGGCGCUGUGCGGGGCGCUGAUCGCCUGCGGGUGGCUGCUGGGCGCCGGGGCCGAGGAACCCGGGGUGCCCGCGGCGGGCACGCGGCGGCGCCGGCGGCUGCAGCAGGAGGACGGCAUCUCCUUCGAGUACCACCGCUACCCCGAGCUGCGCGAGGCGCUGGUGUCCGUGUGGCUGCAAUGCACCGCCAUCAGCAGGAUCUACACCGUGGGGCGCAGCUUCGAGGGCCGCGAGCUCCUGGUCCUCGAGCUGUCCGACAACCCCGGGGUCCACGAGCCUGGUGAGCCUGAGUUUAAGUACAUUGGGAAUAUGCAUGGCAAUGAGGCUGUUGGACGGGAGUUGCUCAUUUUCCUGGCCCAGUACCUGUGUAACGAAUACCAGAAAGGGAACGAGACCAUCGUCAAGCUGAUCCACGAAACUAGGAUUCACAUCAUGCCGUCCUUGAACCCUGAUGGCUUUGAGAAGGCAGCAUCUCAGCCUGGUGAGCUUAAGGACUGGUUUGUGGGGAGAAGCAAUGCCCAGGGAAUAGAUCUGAACCGCAACUUUCCUGACCUGGAUAGGAUAGUUUACAUUAAUGAGAAAGAAGGUGGCCCCAAUAAUCAUCUGUUAAAAAAUCUGAAGAAAAUCGUGGAUGAAAACACAAAGCUCGCUCCUGAGACCAAGGCUGUCAUUCACUGGAUUAUGGAUAUUCCUUUUGUGCUAUCGGCUAAUCUGCAUGGAGGAGACCUUGUGGCCAAUUACCCAUAUGAUGAGACUCGAAGUGGGAGUGCCCAUGAAUAUAGCACCUGCCCUGAUGAUGCCAUUUUCCAGAGCUUGGCUCGGGCUUACUCCUCUUUCAACCCUCCCAUGUCGGACCCCAAUCGCCCACCGUGUCGCACCAAUGAUGAUGACAGCAGCUUUGUAGAUGGAACAACCAAUGGUGCAGCCUGGUACAGCGUGCCUGGGGGAAUGCAAGACUUCAACUACCUCAGCAGCAACUGUUUUGAAAUUACUGUGGAGCUCAGCUGUGAAAAGUUUCCACCAGAAGAGACUCUGAAAAGCUACUGGGAGGACAACAAAAACUCCCUUGUCAACUACCUUGAGCAGAUACAUCGAGGAGUGAAAGGAUUUGUACGAGAUCUUCGAGGUAACCCAAUUGCCAAUGCCAGCAUCUCAGUGGAAGGAAUAGAGCAUGAUAUUACAUCGGCAAAGGAUGGUGAUUAUUGGAGAUUAUUGGUACCAGGAAACUAUAAACUUACAGCCUCAGCCCCAGGCUACCUGGCAAUAACAAAGAAAGUGGCGGUUCCUUCUAGCCCUGCUGUGAAGGUUGAUUUUGAACUGGAAUCAUUUUCUGAAAGGAAAGAGGAAGAAAAGGAAGAAUUGAUGGAAUGGUGGAAAAUGAUGUCAGAAACUUUAAAUUUUUAAAAAAGGCUUCUAAUUAGUAGCUUUUAAUCUAUCUACAUAAUGCAGUAUGAUGUAAUGUGGCCAUUUUAUUUUAGAUUUUGUGCAGUUAAUAUUUAACAUUUUAUUUUUUUCAUUAAAAUAUUAAUAGAUAUUAAAUAAUUAGACUCUUAGGUAACAAAAUAAGAACUUGAUAUAUUUCUUCUCUUAUAGUACUUCAUUUUCCUAUAUAUAAUACAAAGAGGACUGUAGAACAGAUAUGAGUUAUCUUACCAUCUUACACAUAAAUACAGUAGUCACACAUUAUCUGUAAUACAGUUUUGAAUAAUUCUAACUUUUAAAAAUUAGUGAAGUGAUUUUAACAUACUUGGUGAUCAUGUCAUAUAAGGAAUGCUAUUGAACAGGCCAACAACUAUAGCUCGGGAAUGGGGAGCACUAUAAACACAGCAGGAUUUAAAUAGUUCAGUAUAAAUUGUCAUUUGUCUCUUGUGCUGACUAGAUAUAAAAGCAUGCUCUUCUUAAUGCAUUUUUUGAUGGAAGAAAAUGUAAAUGUUUAGCAAGAAAUCUUAUGAAAGCAAUGAAAAUUGAUUUCUUGAAAGAAGGAUAAUAUGGUCAUAUUAUUCAGCCUGUUCAUACUACUUCAGAAUUUAAGAUUUUUCUCUUGGUUGUGGAUUGGCCCAGAAUUGCAUUCCAAAUGAAUAAAGGUUAAAUAUAUAUUAUA